AUGAAAUGCUUGACAGGCCCAAUUCAGAUACGCACCAAGUCGAUCUCGCUCGAGCAGGACAAGGAAAACAUACCACCAACAAAAGCUGGCAGACUCAGUGCCAAUUCGCCAGCAGCCCUCGACCGUCUCAUCAAACCCUUCAAGUGUCCCGGUUCAGCCAACUCGCGCAAGUCCAAUGGCGAACCAGCCAGAAAGAGAAGAAAAGUCAAUUACGCUGAAGUGGACGGUGGGGGGGUAGACACCAGUGGUGGUUUCACACUCGAUGAAGAUGCUGCAGCCCUCAAAGACCGAUUCCCAGUCUUCAAGGUCAAGGACAAAGAGUCGACAUUUCGGGCUCGAUUCUCCAUCCCUUUGAUCAACAAGAAUGCUUUCGACCCGUCACGACCAGCGCCCAGUCUGGGAAUGCGUCGAGGUAAUGGUUUCGUCAACAAACCUCUACAUGACCCCAGUGGAGAAUUCGCAAUCGUUCUAUACGACCCGACGAUAGAUGAGAAGCCGGAGGAGAAGCCUCAAGAUAAAAGGGACGAAGAGAGACCGAAGCUCGACACACCUCUUAUGCACAAAAGCCUGGCGGAAAUCCUUGGUAUCAAGAAACAAGUCGAAGGCGAGAGACCCAAGGUGCCCGUGGUCAUCGAUCCAAGGCUAGCCAAAGUACUGCGGCCGCAUCAAGUAGAAGGGGUCAAAUUUCUGUACAGGUGCACGACAGGUCUUGUUGAUGAGAAGGCUAAAGGCUGCAUCAUGGCUGAUGAAAUGGGCUUGGGAAAGACUCUGCAAUGUAUCACUCUCAUGUGGACAUUACUUAAGCAAUCUUCGGAGGCUGGCAAAUCCACGAUCCAGAAAUGUGUCAUUGCAUGCCCCGCCAGUUUGGUCAAGAACUGGGCAAAUGAGCUUGUCAAAUGGCUUGGUGAAGGCGCUAUCCACCCAUUCGCCAUUGAUGGAAAGGCAAGUAAAGAAGAGCUCACGAUGCAACUGAAACAAUGGGCAAUGGCCACCGGCAGAGGUAUUGCGAGACCCGUCUUGAUCGUGUCUUAUGAAUCUCUGAGGUUGAAUAUCGAAGAGCUCAAGGACGUCAAGAUCGGGUUGAUGCUGUGUGAUGAAGGACACCGCUUGAAGAACGCCGAAAGCGAGACGUAUAUGGCGUUAACCGGACUGAAUGUCGACCGACGGGUCAUUCUGUCAGGGACACCUAUCCAGAAUGAUCUCACUGAGUACUAUGCCUUGCUGGACUUUGCGAACCCAGGUUACCUAGGGACCAAGGCAGACUUCCGGAAGAAGUUUGAACUGCCGAUUCUUCGCGGUCGCGAUGCUGCGGGAUCAGACGCGGACAAGCAAAAGGGUGAAGAGGCCAAUGCCGAGUUGGGGUCUCUGGUCAAGAAAUUCAUUAUUCGAAGAACGAACGACAUCCUCUCCAAAUACUUACCUGUCAAGUAUGAACAUGUGGUGUUCUGCAAUCUUGCGCCGUUCCAGAGGGAUCUCUACAAUCACUUCAUUCAAAGUCCCGACAUCAAGAGUUUGUUAAGAGGCAAGGGGAGCCAACCGCUGAAAGCAAUUGGGAUCCUCAAGAAGCUGUGCAAUCAUCCCGAUCUUUUGGACCUUGAGAAAGACCUUCCAGGAAGUGAGAAGUUUUGGCCUGAUGACUAUGUCCCCAAAGAAGCCCGGGGUCGCGAUCGCGAUGUCAAAUCGUGGCACUCUGGCAAAUUUGCCGUCCUGGAGCGUAUGCUGGCUCGGAUCCGGCAAGACACAAACGACAAAAUCGUGCUCAUCAGCAACUAUACUCAGACUUUGGAUGUUUUUGAGAAGCUCUGCCGUGCGCGCAGUUACGGAUGUCUUCGGCUUGACGGCACCAUGAAUGUCAACAAACGACAGAAACUCGUGGACAAGUUCAACGAUCCCAACGGCGAAGAAUUUGUCUUUUUGUUGAGUAGUAAGGCAGGUGGCUGUGGCAUCAACUUGAUUGGUGCCAAUCGUCUUGUCCUGUUCGAUCCAGAUUGGAAUCCGGCUGCAGACCAGCAGGCUCUUGCCCGGGUGUGGCGUGAUGGUCAGAAGAAAGAUUGCUUCGUGUACAGGUUCAUGGGAACAGGCACAAUCGAAGAAAAGAUUUUCCAGCGCCAAUCGCACAAGCAGGCUCUUUCGUCGACAGUGGUAGACUCGGCGGAAGAUGUCGAGCGACAUUUCACCCUCGACUCUCUUCGAGAGCUAUUCCAGUUCAAACCGGAUACCAAGAGCGAUACCCAUGACACGUUUAAAUGCAAACGGUGCAAGCCUGAUGGCACGCAACAAAUCAAGGCGCCAGCUAUGCUUUACGGUGACACGAGCUCUUGGAACCAUUUCGUCAACUCCGGGGAGAAGGGACCACUCGGCAAGAUCCAAGACCUCUUGCUUCGACAAGAGGCGUCGGAAGAGGCCGUGAGUGCUGUGUUCCAGUACAUCAGUCACUAA